AAACCAAUUGUCAGAAGGUGGUCGCUUUGCGCUUGGCCGCUGACGACCACUCCCCGGAUUCCGCCAUGACAUUGCAUCUCACUCAUGCAUGAAUCUGUCUCUCACAACGAUUGAUCAUGAGUACACUAACUUCCUAACACUUAAAGUGAUCAUCCCUUAAUCCCCACCAUAUCUUCCGAUUCAUCGGCUGGACCCUUUCAACAAAGCACAAGCCUUCCACGGGGCUCGCUGUGUCUCGCGCGACUGCGACGGCGGCCUCCCAAGACCAAGACCAAGACCCGAGCACCCAGUGUUAUACCGGCCACCCCGCCCCAUUAACCUAACCCAGCAAUACGAAAAGAAGCAUCACCACUCGAUCAGCUGUCCCAGUUCUCAGCUACCAUCAGCUCUUGCCGGCUGCUGGUGGCUACUUCCCCAUCCGCCACUUAUUCCUCGAACCUGGCGUGGUCCAAUUAGAUGGAUACUCUGCGAUGUCUAAGUCGGAGGAAGAGCCAUGCGAUGAGUAAUCUCGAAACCAGAGGCGUCGUGUUGAAACGCCAGCUCAGCGAUGGAGGAAUCGCGGGUGUUGUUGUUGGUGUUAUCGUGGGCAUUGCGCUUGUUAUUCUUUGCUCGUAUCCCUUUAUCAUCCGCCGCAUCAGACGCCGAAAACAAACAUCUCUCCACGGCCCCCCUCACACGAACGACCUAGAGAUUUGCGAAGUUCCAGCAACUGGAGCCCCGGGGAUAGAUGAUAAUCAACGCCGCCUGUCCUCACAAGACUCUUUCAAACCUUCAGCAGAAAAUACGCGUGGGGGAGUUGAUGGAUCUGUCAAAGACUUGAAUUGGACAGCCCACGAUGGAUUUUUGCAGCAAACCAAUGGACAAGGUCAACCGGACUACGUUCCUCGAAUCGACACAAAUUAUGGCUUUGGAAAUGCUCAGCCAACUGCCCCCGACGACUCAAUACCGCGCUCAGCACCGUUCGGCUCCGAUGAGAAUCAUCAUGAAGAGUACAUGCCGCAGUCUAUUGGUGAUGCACCCCGUGCUGUUCUUAAUGGGACCAGUGCGGAUUACUAUAGCCCAUCCGUCCCCUCGGAGGCAUUUGGCAUGUAUUCGACUGAGGAGCCCCGACCUCAGCCUGAACGCUCAUGGUCGCAUGGGAGCUCCUUGAGAUAUAAUUUAAAACAUAUGUUUAGUCGCAAGAGCACGCGCGACCAGUCUCUUAACUCACCAACAUCGCAAUCCCUGGCUGAAAACCUCGAUAGCGUACCAAGAGCACAGGAUGGAAGUUUUCAACGGAUCACUACAGCAGGACGACCGACCGAGUCUCCUACUGACAUGACUGCUCCGGCGACCGAUUCUUUGCCUGUACCUUCGGCUACCCAGGCCUUGGGCUCCCCGAUCGCUUUACCAUCUACCCUGCCAAAGGGGGCUGUGCAAAGUCCCCCAGAUUCCCCACCGAUCACUUUCAACUUCAACGCGUCCCAAUCCCCUCCUAGCCAUCCCGCUCCUGGUACCGUGAAUCCCAUGGAUAUCAUGCCUGCAUCGACAGAAACCGAAGUAUGGCACAGGAACGACUACCAAUUAUAUGUAUCGCAAUCCUCACCUAACCAGCCACCCCCCUCGGCAGGGCCUGCCACGCAUGAAGGACCUGUGGACUCGCCGUCGCCGUUAGCCCUCCCUCCUAGUGAUCCUCAACCCCAGCCUGUGCCCAUAGUUCACUCACCUACACCGACCCAGAGUCAAAUAGCGUUUAAAACGGAGGAGGUCGAUGACAAUCAGGAUAUCUCUAUGUCUGAAAUUCCAACGGCCAACCGCUUGAGUCCUCUACCCGACAGUAGUAUUCGACACCCCAGCUAUCCCUCUGAUGCGUCUACCCCCUUGCCUGGACCGGCAUUCACCAACCCGUCAUCGCUCAGUACACCUGCGACACAGCUUGAUACCCCUUCACCUCAUUCUGGUACAUCUUCCGACUACCGACAUAGUGUGUCACCAGGAAACACUGUGAGCAACCCGUCACCAAGCAAUGGUUCACACGCAUGUGAUGAACCUGGCUGUAAUCAGGUGUUCGACCAGCCGCACAAACUCAAGCAUCAUCAACGAUAUCAUACGAAAGAUCACAAAUGCCCUUAUCCAAACUGUGGCAAGGGAUUCGGGACUAAGACACAUCUCCAGCGGCAUGUCAAUGAUCGACAUGAGAGAAAGAAAAAGUUCCACUGCGCUGUGCAAGGCUGCGACUAUUCAAGGCAAGGGGGAAAGGGGUUCCCUCGCAAGGAUAACUGGAAACGACAUAUGACAAAGAUUCACAACGUGGAUCAGAGAGACCUCCCAGAACCUGUGGAAGUCGAUCAGGAGAUGGGCGGCACAUAAGGACACCUGCUCGCGACUUCAUCUUAUUUGCUGCUGUAGAUAUGGGAUAUGCCCGCCGCAUCUUGCAUUGUACUAUGUGCCAUCUAAAUCGGCCACUGACUGACAAGCCUUAGCACUUUUGCUGGGCUCUCUGUUUACUUACUUUCCUUUUUCAUUACAGCCAUUUGAUUCUUACACUCGUUCAAAGUUGGCAUAUUUGGGUAUUAGAAGUCAAGGAAUCAGCACAAAAAUCAAUGUUAGGACAUGUAGGACUAUUCGGGCGUUAGGUCAUGGGAAAACACAUAUUCGUCUAGCAACGGACGAGCCAGGCGUGUUCGUUCUUGGGUAUCUAUUAAUUCGACAGUGUACAAAUGAACUAUUCCAAUACAAAGGGUGCUAUUGGGCAUCAUGGUUUCCGGCACAUGCUCGCUCCAUUCAGCUUAGGUCUUUGAUGAUUUUCCUGACAAGCUUCUUCUGUUCUUCGACAU